AUUUCGCCGCCUGCCACGAUGCCUGGCAGUUUUAGGUGGCUAUGGUGAUAAAGUUGAUGGGGACUACGACAGAGAAGAGGAAACGUGACUGAAUUCUCCAUUUUUCAUGACAUUACAGAUACAUUACCGGUGACGGUUACUCCACAGGCUGUUGCUAGGUAACCAAAGAGAGAGAGAGAGAGAGUAGUUUAUGUCACAGACAUGCGUAUUUAUGUCUAUGAGUUGACGUCACCAACUUUGCUUCGCUGACCUUGAGCGGUUGAGCGGCUCCUACAUCCCCCAGAAUGCCGUGCGGCUGUGUUGUAAUUCUUUUAAGGUCAUGAUUGGAAAUAUUGCCUGUGUCCAGGAACUAGAAGGAGCAAUUUGAAUGAAAAACGGGAAUUGUCCCAAAACCGAUUUUUGAAGAAUGAGUGAUGAAAUUAGAGACCCUGUAGUGAAGUUUCAUCCGGCUAUAAGAGCAGGAAGAAAGCAUCUCUCAGGGAUUGUGCAGAAAUGACUGAAGCCUGAAGUCUCUCUGAGAGCAACAUCAGACAAGAUGGAGACUGCGAAUGCGUCUUCCAUCGUUAACAUGACUCGUGGCAGUCGCACCAGCCUCUUUUCAGAGAGCUCAUACACAGUAGUGGAGAUAGUGCUCAUCCUGCUGGCAGCGGGAAUCCUUAGUCUGAUCACUGUCACCGGGAACAUCCUGGUCCUGCUCUCCAUAAAGGUAAACAAAGACCUGCAGACCAUCAACAACUAUUUCCUGUUCAGUUUGGCCUGUGCAGACCUCUUUAUUGGGUUCUUGUCCAUGAACCUUUAUGCCAUUUACAUUGUGAUUGACCACUGGCCUCUAGGAGAGGUGGAGUGCGACAUUUGGUUGACUACUGAUUAUGUUGUCAGCAACGCCUCAGUCAUGAACCUACUCCUCAUAAGCUUUGACCGGUACUUCUGCGUUACCAAACCCUUGACCUACCCAGCAUGUCGCAGCACCAAGAUGGCCGGGAUGAUGAUUGCGACGGCCUGGAUCCUGUCCUUUGUCCUAUGGAGUCCCUUCAUCUUGUCCUGGCAGUUCAUUGUAGGAAGGAGAUCCGUGCUCUCGACUCACUGCCACUUCGAGUUCUUCUACAACCCAUGGCUGAUGUUUGUGGCUUCCAUCAUAGUUUUCUACCUGCCAUUGAGCAUCAUGGCCUACCUGUACUGGCAGAUCGCGAAGACCAACUGCGACAGCGUAACGAGGAACGUUACAAGACUCUCAAGUGGAAGUUUAUCAGAUAUUGUCUCCUUCAGCCUAGUGGAAGAGAAGGAGGAAUCUUCAGCGGGGAAGGAGAAGGAAAUGUUGCAGCAGCACAGUGAAAUUGGACUCCUCAGAGAAUUGCAGGCAGACCACAGGGACUCCUCAUCGGAGACUAUCAAAGCUUCGACUUCCAAAGAAACUUACAUGUUAAGGGGAAGUUUUAGUUUUUCUGAACGUAAAGAGAGCUUGCCAACUCUGGAAAGGAGAAGGAGCAUCAAUGCUGACAGGGGAAAAAAAGUGACGCGCACCAUCGUGGCCGUCAUGGUUGCUUUUAUCGUCACAUGGACGCCGUACAACAUGACAGUCCUCGUCCACGCACUCUGCAACAAGUGCGUCCCGAAAGCAAUGUGGAGCAUAUUGUACUGGCUCUGCUACGUCAACAGCACUGUCAACCCCGCUUGCUACGCCCUCUGCAACGACACCUUCAAGAUCACCUUCAAGCACCUGCUCCUGUGCCAGUACAAGAACAUUCGGGGACGAUGAUUUUCCGCCUAGAAUGGAGCUGAAACUCAUGGACUCCCUUAGUAAAAAUAGAGCCGAAAGCUGAAACGGCCAAAAAUGGAUUCUGUUGGUUCCUGUGCACUUUCUUUUAAAUAAUAAAAUAUUGUGUGUGUACUUU